UCGAAUUCUCUGUUUAUCCGCUGAAUUCAAAAUGUAGAAGUCAUUUAAAGCAGAAAAUAUACUUAAUUUUCACUUAUAGUUAUUAUUUCUAUUACAUUCCAUGCGAGUAAGUCUACCUUUUGUUCGUUGGUGGUGUUGGUCUUCUACGAAGGUUUAUUAUUAGUUCUAAUAGAAGGUUUUAAUACAAAAUCAAGCUUUAAGCACUGUUUACGACAAUUUAUAUAAUUCUAAAAAAGAAACAAAUUUUAGGAGUUUUCAAUAUUAUAUUAAAACUUAUUCUAAGUAUUUAAUUAUUUCAAAAUGGAUAGUAAAGAAGAAUCAUUCUUCUCAAAGUUAAAAAAUAUAUCAAAAAAUUUGCAGAAUGAUUUAAAUGAAUUAAAUCAUAAACUAUUGAUGCCAAAAUCUGAAUUACCAGAAGAUUCAUCGAUAAUAUAUAUAACACAUAUGCUUGAUGAUUUAAAAUUACUUAAGGAAGAAACAACAAAAGUAGAUGAUGAUAUACAACAACUUCAAAAUAUAAGAGCUAAUUUUAAAAAAGAUUUAGAAACAAGCAUUGAAGACAUUGAUGAACAAUUAAAUAAUCUUGAAACAAAAUUACAAAAUUAUGGAUAUGUUCCUUGGAAACAAAGAAAACACAGUAUAAAAAUUGAAAAUAAUGUAAAAGAAGAACCUGUAAAAAAUGCAAUUGAGGAAAAUAAUAAAAAAGAACCUAAAGAAUGCUCUGAUCCAGAUAUUGAAGAAAAAAAACAAAAAAUGAAGACAACUCCUACAUUACCUCUUCGAUCUCUGCCAAAUUUAUAUAACAAAAUUGAUGAAAGGUUGAAAAAUAAUAUACCUACACAAAUGAUUAUAGUGACUCCUAAAUUGAAUCGAAAUUUUUGCAGAGGUUAUCAUAAUAUAAAUGAUGUGAAAAUGCAAACACCAUCAUAUUUUAAUGAUGAUGUAGUUAUUACUCCUGGUUUAUUUAUGCCAUACUCAAAAGAAACAAGGAAAGAUCCUGUCCCUAAAUUUGAAUUAAAGCAUGAUCAAUCUCCACAAUAUCACAUAGAAUUAAAUCAGAAGUUUGUUGGAAAAGCAAUGGAAAGAGGAUCCCCCUUUAAAAAUUGGGAAGAGGAUGUGACAGUAAAUUUGUUUAAAAGGACAAAUCUAAUGCCACAAAAACCAAAUAUAAAAACUGAUAAUAAAUCAAUCCCAGAGGAAUCAACAGUACAGUUAGAAUAUAAAGAAAAUAAUGAAUCAUUUAAUACACCUGAUGAACCAAUACUUACAAAUUACGACCACAAGAAUGUCUUAGAAUCUUUGAGAAAAACUCUAAGAAAAAAGAAAAACAUAGAUAUAGAUUCAAAUACACCUGAAGAACCACUGUUAAUGUCUGAACAUAAGCAAACAAAAUUCUUAGAAUUUACAAUGAGUAUCAGAAAGAAAAAUAAUGAUAAUCAAGAGGAAUCUUCAAGUACUCCUGAAGAAUCAUUGUUUUCUGCUACUAACAGGUUUUGUGAAGAUGGCCCUAAAACACCAGAAGAACCAAAAUUGAAGACUUUAACUUAUUUACAGCAGACAAAGAGAUGCCAAAAUUUGUUUUUUCAUUAGUUUAUGCAUUUAAAAAACAAUAUUUUUAUAUUCUUUAUCAUUUAUCUUAACUUAGAAUAAAUUUGUAUGUGCGUUUUUUGUAAUUAAAAAAUAGAUUAUUA